CUCUUUCAUUCUCAUUCCCAUUUUGCCCCUCCCAUAAAUCUCUCUCUCUCUCUCAGAGAAACUCUAACCCUAACCCUAGAAGAUGCUGGAGCUGAGGCUAGUUCAAGGGAGCCUGUUGAAGAAGGUUCUAGAAUCAAUCAAGGACCUGGUGACCGAUGCGAACUUCGACUGCUCGGCCACGGGAUUCUCCCUUCAGGCCAUGGAUUCGAGCCACGUGGCGCUCGUGGCCCUCCUCCUCAGAUCGGAGGGCUUCGAGCACUACCGCUGCGAUCGGAACCUCUCCAUGGGCAUGAACCUCAACAACAUGUCUAAGAUGCUAAAAUGCGCCGGGAAUGACGAUAUCAUCACCAUCAAGGCGGAUGAUGGCAGCGACACCGUCACCUUCAUGUUCGAGAGCCCCAGUCAAGAUAAGAUUGCUGAUUUUGAGAUGAAGCUGAUGGACAUCGAUAGUGAGCAUCUAGGAAUUCCGGAAGCUGAGUAUCAUGCCAUUGUACGGAUGCCAUCAGCUGAAUUUGCUAGGAUUUGCAAGGAUCUCAGUAGCAUUGGCGAUACUGUUGUCAUUUCAGUGACUAAGGAAGGAGUGAAGUUUUCGACAAGGGGUGAUAUAGGAAGUGCAAAUAUAGUUUGCAGGCAGAAUACCUCCGUAGAUAAGCCGGAGGAAGCUACUGUCAUAGAGAUGAACGAGCCUGUAACAUUGACCUUCGCUCUCCGGUACAUGAACUCAUUCACCAAGGCAACACCAUUGUCAAAUACAGUGACCAUUAGCCUGUCUUCGGAGCUGCCCGUUGUUGUUGAAUACAAGAUUGCAGAUAUGGGUUAUAUCCGGUUUUACCUGGCUCCCAAGAUUGAAGACGAGGAGGAAGAAACGCAGCCUCAAGCAGCAAAAAGGCCUAAGGUAGAAGUAGGGGGUGAGGACUAGAGAUCAGUGUGGACUUGUUCUCUUCUUCUCUUUAUUGUAACGGUUUUUUUUCCUGUUUUCUUGUUUUCUUUAAUCUUAUCUGUCCUUGUCUCUGAAUCUUGUUUUAGUCUGUUCUCAAUCUCCUAUCAGUGGUGAAGGGGAUUUCUAAGCUCUGGCGAGUGUAAAAUGCCCCUUGGUUGUGGGAAGUGUUGGAUGUUAUUUUUCUAAUAGUUGAACGGAGGUUUUGUUUCUAGCAA